AUGCUAUCAAGGCUACCCGCUGGGGCCUUCAGGAAUGCUGGGGCCUUUAGAGCUUCACGUUUGACGUUGCAGGCGGGCUCACGGUCUUCUGCGGUCCGCUUCGCCUCCACGCAUGCUGGUUCCAGUUCAAGUGCAUUCGAGGCAUUCAUGAACUCUCGCGUCACCCUCGCGUCGGCAACUCUCUUCACCGCGGGCACCAUUGCCUGGUAUACCCAUCUCUACGGUUCUCUCCCUUUUAUUGGCGAGGCCCAUGCUAGUCACCUCAGUGAUGCUGGUCUUCACCCUCCUGCCUACCCAUGGGAUCACAAGGGCUUUUUCGACACGUUUGACCACGCCAGCAUUCGACGAGGCUAUCAAGUGUACCGUGAAGUUUGCGCCGCUUGCCAUUCCCUUGACCGCAUUGCCUGGCGAAACCUUGUGGGGGUGUCACACACUGUCGAUGAAGUACGUGCCUUGGCAGAAGAGGUUGAAUACCAAGAUGGUCCCAAUGACGAGGGAGAGAUGUUUAUGCGCCCAGGAAAGCUGGCGGACUACAUGCCUCCUCCCUACCCCAACGAAGAAGCUGCUCGGACCGGAAACGCAGGUGCAUUGCCCCCAGACCUUAGUUUGAUUGUCAAGGCUCGCCAUGGCGGUGCUGACUACAUCUUCUCGUUGUUGACCGGAUACGUCGAUGCUCCCGCCGGUGUUGAAAUUCGUGAAGGGAUGAACUACAAUCCGUUCUUCCCUGGCGGUGCUAUCUCCAUGGCUCGAGUAUUAUUUGAUGGUAUUGUUGAGUAUGAUGACGGUACCCCCGCUACCACGUCGCAGAUGGCAAAAGAUGUUACGAUCUUCUUGAACUGGGCGGCUGAGCCGGAACAUGACGAGAGGAAGAAAUAUGGAAUCAAGGCUGUUGUCUUGUUCUCCGCUCUGUUCGCCCUCAGCGUCUACGUCAAGCGCUUCAAAUGGACUACAAUUAAAAACAGGAAGAUCUUUUACGACCCUCCUGUAGACAAGGGCCAUUAA